CUCCUUCCUCCACCCUCUCUCACUCUCUCCGUAGACAAGUGAAGUCAUCUGGCCUCAUCUGCUCCUUUUAAGCCGGCAUUUUUGAGAGGGAGGUCCCUGCCAAGCAUAUACAAACACUCAGUCAAGUAUCCACACUCACGCCUGCACCAGGGGCCAGCAGAGAACUCACCUAUUCCUUCACACAGAACAGGAAGUUGACGUGACCUGACAUCAAGAUGGCAGCAAAGGGUGUCGGCAUGGCUAACAAAGGUCCAUCCUACGGCCUGAGCCGGCAGGUCCAGGAUAAGAUCGACAGCAAGUAUGACCCUGAGCUGGAGCAGAUUCUGGUGGAGUGGAUCAGCCGUCAGUGCGGCUCUGGUGUGGGAAAGCCAGAGCCUGGCAAACUGGGCUUCCAGGCUUGGCUCAAAGACGGAUGCGUCCUGAGCGAGCUUAUUAACACUCUGUUUGCUGGCGAGAAACCUGUGAAGAAGAUCCAGAACUCACCCAUGGCCUUCAAGCAGAUGGAGCAGAUCUCCCAGUUCCUCAAUGCUGCAGAGAAGUACGGUGUCACAAAGACUGACAUGUUCCAGACCGUGGACCUUUGGGAAGGUAAGGACUUGGCAGCAGUGCAGAGGACCCUGUCAGCUCUGGGCAGCUUGGCCGUCACCAAGGAUGAAGGCACAUACAAAGGAGACCCUAACUGGUUCUUCAAGAAGGCACAGGAGAACAAGCGAGACUUCAGCGACGAGCAGAUGAAGGCUGGCAAAAAUGUGAUUGGCUUACAGAUGGGUUCCAAUAAGGGAGCCAGUCAGGAGGGCAUGAGCUACGGAAGACCUCGACAGAUCCUGUAAAGUCACUGAGCCACCAGUGGAAAAAGGUGCUCACUGCAGAGCCACUGGCCUGGUCUAAACCCCCCCAUCUCUAGCUCCAGCCAUGCCACCACCCUAAUUCUAACUUUAGUGAGGUGGAGCUGGACCUGUUUUCUGUAGUGAGCAGCACUUGCAUCAGUACCCAAAACCUCUUUCGCCCCUCUUUUAACUAAAACCUUUGGUGCCUUUUACAGUCUCUUACACCCUUCAGUCCUCUCUAACCUUAACAAUUGCCACAGAGCCCUUAUUUACAUGCUCACACUGGCGAUUGAUGCAGGGUUCAAAUAUGCUUUGUCUUCAGAUUAGUACAACUGAAUGUUUGUAGUCUUAAACUGCAAUAGUAGCCAUAAAAAUCAUAAAUUGAUAAAGAUGAAUUUACACCCUGUAAAGCAUUCUUUUCAAAUUUACAAGUGCAACCACGUUGCACCAGUGCUCCUCAUUUUUACCGCUACAAUGUCAAAUACACUUCCCACAUCGCUGCGCCUGCUGUAUCAGCGCUCAUAUUUUUGUACAUUGUCUUAUUAAAUAAUGACUUUGAGUUACAUCUCUGAA